AUGCCCCCUCCCUUCCGCAUCGCUGUGCUGGGGGCGCAGGGCGUGGGCAAGACUGCCAUCGUGCAGCGCUUCCUCCACGAUGACUACAGCGAGGCGCCUGUCCCGGCAACCAGCCGUGCCCGCCAGGUCCACCUGUCGGCUGCCGUGCUCAAUGGCCACGUGCACAACUUGCAGAUCACCGACUAUCCUGCAAUCACCAGCUUCCCCUGCAGCUCACUGCAGGAGUGGACAGACACCUGCUGCAGAGGAAUCCGCAGCGCUCACGUCUACAUCCUGGUCUAUGACAUCUGCUGCUUCGACAGCUUCGAAUACGUCAAGACUAUGCGCCAGCAGAUCCUAGAGACCAGGGUGGUGGGCACAGGCGACACGCCCAUCCUGAUUGUGGGAAACAAACGGGACCUGCAGUGGGGGCGUGUCAUCCCCCGCCAUAACGUGUCCGACCUGGUUAGGAAGAACUGGAAGUGCGGCUACGUGGAGUGUUCAGCUAAGUACAACUGGCACGUGCUGCUGCUGUUCGGGGAGGCUAUGCGCAGUGUGGUCUGUGCCCACUGCAAACACGUCCAUGCCACCAUUCGCUUUCAACGGGCACUGAGGAACGAACGCUGCACCCUCAUGUGA